AUGUCUUCGGAGCUACGAUACACGGCCAACACUCAACUUGAGCAUUUGCAUGCUCGCUACACAGGCACAGGACAUGCGGAUUUGACGAAGUGGGAGUGGCUCACCCACCAGCAUCGCGAUACACUGUCGUCCAUAGUCGGCCAUCCCACUUUGCUCUCGUACUUGGCUAUUGCUGAUGGGGAGGCGACCGGCCGUGUCAAGUUUGAGAUGACCGAGCGCAUGUUGCAACCGUGCGGUCCUCCACCUAAAAAGGACGAAGAUUAG